AUGAAAAUCCUCUCCCUCAUGUCCGAAUAUGCAAAAAAAAAUCGUACAAUGAUAUCUAAAGCUAAGCGGCUAAGGCAUCAAUCUACUGAUGUCGCCGAAGUUCUUUUUUCAGAUUCUGAAGAUCCAGAAUAUAUUCCAGAUAAUGGUGAUGAUAUAAAAGAAGAAAUCUUCAGAGAAAGCAUUCAAGAAUUUUCGCUUAAUAAAGUAAAACUUGAGCCAGCCUCAUGUUUUAUGCUAUAUAUAGUAUCUGGGAAAUCUAUUCGCGAUAUAAUUCCAGAUCAUGAAAUCUCACAGACUCAUAAAAUUUUCUCAAAUUUGCUGUCGAAAAUUUCAGAUUGCCACGAAGCUCAUUUUGGUUUAGGAAAAUUGUACACUUAUCUAGGAAGAAUGGAUAAAGCUAUUUUUCAUUUAAAAGAAGCAGCAAAGCUCAAUCAUAGUGACGAUAUAUAUAAAAUUUGGUACUCAUUGGUUCAAUCUAAAUCAUUUUGCACUACCAAAGGCGAAGCAUUGACAUGUAAAUCUCUCUUAGAUUCUUGCAUAGAAAAAAUUGAAACUUUAUGAGGAUUGCUCAAUUUAUCAUUUACAGAUUUAUUAGAUCCAGCCAAAGAAAUCGAAUUGCCUCAAUUUUAUGCUACAAAAAUCAAAGAUAUUGAUCUAUACUAUGGCUACUUAAUCCCCCCCUCCGCGAGCGAACAAAAUCAUUGAAAAAUCCCUAUUUUUUGAGUAUAAACCCACCCUCCGUGAGUGAACAAAAAAUUUUUAUGAAAAAUAUUUUGAUAUACAAGUGAUAAUUAGUAUAAUUAAAUAUCUAGCUAAUUCUUUUAAAAGCUUGCAUUAAAAACAUAAAUUUUACAAAAUUUUUUAAUUUUCAAUUUUUGCAAUUUUUUUAAAAUUUUGAAACAAAAUUUUACUAUAGAAUCUUAUAUAAUAUUUAAAAUAAAAUAGCUCCCUCCAUAAUCAAAAAAAUUUUUUUAUUCGCUCACGGAGGGUGAGCUAGCAUGAAGUGAAAUUUUUAUGAGAGAAAAUCAAAUUUCUAAGGCAAAAGAAGUCCUCAAAGCUUUAAUACAGAUUUAUCCAUUUCGGCCAGAAGCGUAUGUAAGACUGUGGGAGCAUUACUAUAAAAGUCACCAAUAUGAUGGUGCUGAAGAAAUUGCAGCCAUUGCAUUUUCUUAUAUUUCUGCUUCAGAAAAUUUGUACUACAACAUAAUUCUAUGUAUUAGAUAUGCAAAAACACUUUUCCGACAAAAUAAAUUCAGAGAAUGCUUCCAAGUGCUUCAGCAGCAUUAUCUUGAUUAUCCUAACUAUACAGUUUUAUUAUACCAAUAUGGAAAACUAAUAGUUAAGGCUCAAGAUUACACUUGCAUAGGCUCAGCUAUAGGAGCAUUAGAAGAAUCCAUUAAACUAUGUGAUGAGUUUAGAUAUGGAUCCAUUUAUUUUUGGCUCGCAAAAGCCUAUAGAACUGUAAGGCAGAGUGUUGAAGAAUUUUACGCUAUGAAAAAUUCAUUAAAAUAUUUGGAAACCUCGGAGAUGAAAAAAGUGACAGAAAUGAAAGACCAUGUCCGAAGCAUAAAUGAAAGUAUGAUGGCUUAUGAAACCAUUGAAAAAUCCUUGAGUGCACAAAUGAGUGAUGAAGAAAUAAAUAACUGCAAAUCUCUAUGUGAAGAUGUUAAAAGUUUCCAAAAACAGUAUGGAGAGCUUUUAAUAGCAAAAAUAUUAUGGUGUGAAGGAAACCAAAAAGAGUCAAUUAAGUUACUCCAAAACUCGGUAAAGUGGUCUAAUGGAAGAAUGAUUGGAUACUUUCAAUUGAUGAAGUACUUGAAAAUUAUAGGUGAUUAUCAGUUUAUGAAAAUGGUUGGAAAAGAAAUGGUGCUGAAAUGCAAAAACAAUCAAAUUCCAACUUUUGUAUGAAUGCAAGCACAUAUAAUUUAUGCAAAAAUCUUAGUGCUUGUGGAUAAGCCAGCUAAAGCGAUCACACUGCUAAAAUGCCUUGCACAAGUCUUACCUCCUAUUCCAGACCCUUCAUUAUUUUAUACGAAUAACCUCCAAAAAGCUACAACACUCCAGCAACUUUUAUCUGCUGCUUCCAGAGCUGUUAAAUCUGCUUCUAUAUUUAAUUAUAACAUGUAUAAAAACAUAAGCCAUGUCCCACAAGUAACUUCUGAGCAAAAUAAGACAAAAUCACCUCCAAGAAAGCAAAAAAUAUUAGCUGACGAUAUAAUUUUUAAUUCUCCAAUAUCGCCCAGAGAAGAUAAAUCAAAAACUCAUAGAAGGGUAGGUACAUUUAGUGAAAGAUUUAAAAGUUUUGGAAAUCAUAAGAGAUUUGAAAGCUUAAUGAUUAAUACAGAAUUAGCAUCUGACCAAACUGAAAUGAAAUUAAAUACUAAUAAAAAUGAAAUGCCAUUGGUUUCUCCAUCAAAAAUUUCGAAUUCUUAUAUAGGACUUUCGAUAUGCUCUGAUACAACUUUCUUACUCCCCACUUUAAUUAGAACAAAAUAUUGGAAAAGUUUUCGUUUUUUGGAUAAAUAAUCUACCUUUUAAUUUGACGAAAUUUUAUUUUUUAUAGUUAAAAGUAUAAUUUCUAUAAAUAGCUUGAUACCUAAUUUAAUGCUGCAUAAAACAAAAGUUUACAUAAAAAUUGCUCUAUUUUAAAAAUUGAAUGGAAAAAAUAUACUGAACAGAUUAAUUUAUAUAUUUCUUGUUUAUGAAAAUUUUAAAAUUUAUAUAAUUUUUUUUCAAAGAAAAAGCCCAUAUAAUUUUUAUACCCAAAAAAAUAAACAAAUUUUUUGCUCGUUUUUCAAUGGAUGAGCUAUAUAAAAUAGGAAAAAUAGCAGGAAAAUUUAAGGUUCAUAUGGAAGAUGGGCUAUGCGCACUUGAUGAUUAUUUAUUAUAUCUCAGAUAUGAAAAAAAUGAAGAAAAGCAAGAUAUACUGAGAACGAAGGCAAUGUAUUGGAAAGGAGUGCUUCUUUUAGGAAUUUCGAAAUAUAAUGAAGCUGUGGAAGUUUUCAAAGAAAUUUAUGGAGACCUGCAAAGAUUUGGAAUGGGAAAAAAACUUUUGCACGCUAAAGAAUUUUGCGAUUAA